UCGAAGAUUCGAUCUUGCUGUUGUUGUUGCUGUUGUUUGGGCAACGUUCGGAUUAUUUUUCUCGUUAAACGACAGGGGGGCGGCGGGAGAUGUCGGGUUACGAGAAUGUCGUCGGAGGGAAGCUGAAGCUGAAAGGGAAGGCCUUGGACGUGAAGGCCGGAGGGGUGAAGAAGAAGAAGAAGAAGCAGCAGCAGCAGCAGCAGCAGCAGGACCCCCCCGUCUCCGAGGUCAUCGAAUCCGAGCUCUCCGCCGGCGAUGGUGCGGGGCUGUCGAACGAACCUAAUGAAGAGGAGGAUAUAAAUGAUGAGAGCAAGUUGGGUGAGGAAGGCAAGGCUGCUCCCUACGACCAUCAGCUGACAGCUGCCGAAAGGCGAUACAUAGAGCAGAGGGAGCAGAUCGAUGUCAAGAGACUGGCGAAGACGGCUAACAAAUCUCACCGCGACAGGAUACAGGAUUUCAACCAGUACCUCGCCAACAUGAGCGAACACUACGACAUCCCGAAAGUUGGCCCGGGAUAAACUGAGGAUCGGUUCCAUGAGCAGGAAGGUUGUUGCCAGAUCAAAUGUCAUGUAUGUUACUGAGAUUUCACAACUUUCUGUGCAUUAUGUCAUUGUUGAACCUUGGUGUAGUUUGGCAAUGUGUGAGGGAGCAGCUGUGAAACCUUUUCCUGCUUCUUUUUCUUAAUUUCUUACUGAUAGGUAAUUGCGAUUAACUCUUGAAA